AUGUGGAGAACGACGCUGGGGGCAGGCCACGAACUCACGCCAUUCUGCACGACAAUGCAGCACGACGGGCCUCCGCUGGGUGAGACAGACCGCACACGCUGGCGCUUGCGUGUGUCGGACGGUGGUCGCCAUGUGUGGCACUACCUUGAGACGGACGAGGAAGUGCGAGCUUGGCCACAGACACCAGAAGACAAGUACUGGCUCGGCUUGGAUAUGGGACUGCCAACGUUGCCUCGCGCUACGACGCCGCAAAAGGCUGCUGAGAAUGGUAUCCAGUUCUACCGUCACUUACAGUCAUGCGAUGGUCAUUUUGCGGGCGAGUAUGGUGGUCCGAUGUUUCUCUUGCCUGGUCUGAUUAUCGGUAUGUACGUCACGCAGACGCCGAUUCCUGAGCCAUGGCGCAUUGAGAUUGCGCGAUACUUGUGGCAUAGGCGCAAUCCGCACGACGGUGGCUGGGGCAUUCAUAUCGAGGGCCACUCAACUGUGUUUGGUACCGCACUCAACUACACGGUCCUCCGCCUGGUGGGCGUCUCGAAAGAUCAUCCUAUGAUGGUCAAAGCACGUGAGACGCUCUGGAAAUUGGGCGGUGCUACGGCGAUUCCCAGCUGGGGCAAGCUAUGGCUCGCGAUCCUGAAUGUCUACGACUGGGAAGGGCUUAAUCCAAUCCCGCCAGAACUAUGGCUUUUGCCGGACUGGGUGCCGAUCCACCCAUGGCGUUGGUGGGUGCACACUCGUAUGGUAUACUUGCCAAUGGGCUACUUGUAUGGCAAGCGGUUCCGUGCGCCGGUAACACCGCUGAUUGAGUCGUUACGUGCAGAGCUCUAUCCGACGCCGUACGCUAGCAUUGACUGGCCGGCCCAACGCAACCAUGUGGCUGAGGCGGAUUUGUACUCGCCUCAUACGCGCGUCGUGGAUGCCCUGUUUGCUGCCUUGGGCGUGUAUGAAAAGUGGGCAAUGCCAUGGAUCCGCAAGGCGGGUAUGGAUCGUGCCUACGCGCUUGUGGUAAAAGAAGACGAGAACACGUCGUACCAGUGCCUUGGCCCUGUGAACAAGAUGCUCAAUUACAUUGUGCGUUGGGUCGUCGAUGGACCUGAUAGCCCGGCGAUGGAGCGCCACCGUGAAAAGCUCAAAGACUUUGCGUGGAUGAGUGCCGAGGGAUUGAUGAUGACAGGAACGAAUGGCAGUCAGCUGUGGGAUACGUCGUUUAUUGCGCAGGCCAUGUGUGAAUCGGGCCUCUCAGCCCAGCCUGUAAACCAGGACGUCUGUCAAGGGCUGCUUACCUGGCUGGACGCGUGUCAGAUCCGCGAGAACCCACGUUUCUACCGUACAGCCUACCGCUUCGCGACUAAAGGUGCCUGGCCGUUCAGUACGCGUGAGCAAGGCUACACGGUAAGCGACUGCACGGCUGAAGGUUUGAAAGGGGUUCUCAUGCUGCAAGAAGCAAGUGGCGCAUCGCUAGGGCACCCUGUUACGCAGCGUCGUCUUCGUGAUACGGUCGACUUGCUCCUGACGAUGCAGAACCCUGGCGGUGGCUACGCGUCCUAUGAGACGAUCAAUGGCCCUGCGAUCACCGAGUGGCUGAACCCUGCCGAGGUGUUUGGCAACAUCAUGGUGGAGUAUGCGUAUCCGGAAUGCACGACGUCGGUAGUAUCAGGUUUGCGCAUGUUCCAGCGGUACGAUGACUACCGCAGCGAUGAUAUUGAUGCGGUGGUCGAGAAAGCGGUGGGCUACAUUUUGCGAGCGCAACGAGCGGAUGGCUCUUGGUACGGCUCCUGGGCGAUUUGCUUUACUUAUGCGGCCAUGUUUGCCCUGGAAAGCUUGCACCAUGCAGGCUACUCGUACGCCAACAGUGAACCUGUGCGCCGUGCUUGUGCCUUCCUCCUAAGCAAGCAGCGUGAGGAUGGAGGUUGGGGCGAGAGUUACAAGUCGUGUGAGACGCAUGAAUAUGUCCAGUCGCCAUCGCAAGUUGUUCAGACAGCCUGGUCAAUCAUUGCUCUGCUGCAUGCAGGCUACCCUGAUCGAGCACCGAUUGAGCGGGCUGUGCGCCUGAUUAUGGCGCGACAGCAACCGGAUGGCUCAUGGGCUCAGGAGCAGAUCGAAGGCAUUUUCAACCACAACUGUGCAAUUUCCUACCCGAACUACAAGUUUAGUUUUACGAUUUGGGCGCUAGGCAAGGCGGCUCGUGCGUGGCCGGAUAUGUAG